AUGGUUGCCACCAGCGGAGCCAGCAGCAAGGGCCCGGCAACUGCCACCGGCUUCCACCCAGGCAACCUGCUCACCGACCUCGACUACUGGGACUACGUGGCCCCCGAGCCCAGCGAGGGGGUGUUCGAGGAGACCACUUGCCGGGGGCUGGCGCGGCUGCUGGAGAACUGCCUGUCCGCGUCCAAGCAGACCAAGCUCGGCUGCUCCAAGGUGCUGGUGCCGGAGACACUGACGCAGAGGGUGGCGAGGGACGUGCUGCGGCUGGCGGCCGGCGAGCCCUGCGGUCUGCGGGGCUGCGUCCUGCUCGUCAGCCUGGAGACGGGGGGCGGCUGCCGGGGCCUGGACCGCAUCGUGUGCGACGCCAGUGUGGUGCCCACCUUCGAGCUCACGCUGGUCUUCAAGCAGGAAAGCUGCCCGUGGACGGGCCUCAGGGCCUUCUUCAGCCGCGGCCGCGCCCCCAGCCUCGGGCGGACCCUGGUGCUCAGCUCUGGCUUCCGGCUGGUGAAGAAGAAGCUUUACUCCCUGAUUGAAGCGACGGUCAUCGAGGAAUGCUGA